UGGCGUCGGGAGGCGGCUAACUGAGGGCAAAGGCUGCACAUCCUCCAAACCCGUUUUAGUUAGACGUUUUUGCACUAAAUAACAGAUCAUAUUUGUUUGCCACGAUCUCAAGAUGGAGUCCGCCCCUUUUCCAGCGGAGGUGUCGGAGAGAAAAGUGUGUGUUGUCGGGUCGGAGCUGGUGGAAAACUACACUGUUUACAUCAUCGAGGUGAUGGAUGGAGAGCACAGAUGGACUGUGAAGCACCGCUACAGUGACUUCCACGACCUCCACGAGAAGCUGACUGCAGAGAAGAAGGUUGACCGACGGCUGCUUCCUCCUAAGAAAAUUUUAGGAAAGAACUCGAAGAGCUUGGUGGAGCGGCGGCAGAAGGAGCUGGAGCUCUACCUGCAGACGCUGCUGCAGCAGUUCCCACAGGCCACGCCCUCGUCGCUCGCCUGCUUCCUACACUUUCACCUCUAUGAAAUUAACGGCAUCACAGCAGCACUGGCUGAGGAGUUGUUCCAUAAAGGUGAGCAGUUGCUGCAGGUUGGCGAGGUGUUUUCUCUGCGCCCUCUGCAGCUUUACUCCGUCUCCCAGCAGCUCCGUCUGGCCAAACCGACCUGCUGUAACGGAGAUGCCAAAACCGACCUUGGGCACAUCCUCGACUUCACCUGCAGGCUGCGAUACCUCAAGAUCUCUGGCACCAGAGGUCCAGUAGGAACCAGUAACAUCCUGGAGAGCAGUCUCCCCUUCGACCUGUCUGUUUUCAAAUCAUUGCUGCAAAUUGAGGUCAGUGAGUGCAACUCUCAGCAGAUUCAAGGUUUGUCAUCUCUGAGGUCGAGUCUGGCGACCAUGAGUAUCCACCGCUCCACAGAAACCAUGAUGUCGGUCCUUGUCCCAGAGGCGAGCGAGUUCUCACAGUGGGAACCCGAGGGGGCGGAGUCUGGCUGUCCUGUCACCGCCGUCAUUCCCACGUGGAAAAACCUGACCACGCUGGACAUGAGCCACAACUGCAUCAGCACCAUCGACAGCUCAGUGAAACUGAUUCGUAAGGUGGAGUUUCUGGAUCUGAGUUACAACCAGCUGUCCUCGGUGGAAAACCUCCAGCACCUGUACAACCUGGUCCACGUGGAUCUGUCCUAUAACAGCCUGCGGGUCCUUGAAGCUGCUCACACCCGUCUGGGCAACAUAAAAACCCUUCGCCUGGCUGGCAACCAGCUGGACCGACUGACCGGCCUCACCAAGCUCUACUCUCUGGUCAACCUGGACCUCAGCCACAACCAGCUGGCCCAGUUGGAGGAGAUCAGGAACAUCGGCUCGCUGCCCUGUCUGGAGAAACUCAACCUGUCCAGUAACCCCAUGUGCAUCAUCCCAGACUACAGAACCAAAGUCCUGGCCCAGUUUGGAGACCGCGCAGCAGAGGUUUGUCUCGACAGUAAAGUGACGACAGAGAAGGAGCUGGACACAGUGGAAGUGUUGAAAGCCAUUCAGAAAGCCAAAGAAGUCAAAGACAGGAUGAGCAGCAGCGACAAGAAGAUCAGUGAGGAGACCAGGUUGUCUACUGCUGCACCUCCUCACCUCUCCUCCUCCUCCUCCUCUCCCCCCUCCUCCUCCUCCUGCUGCUCCUCUGCUGUUGCUCCUCCCGCUGUCACCACCACCUCCUCCUCCUCCUCCUCCUCCUCCUCCUCCUCUUCCUCCUCUUCCUCUUCCUCCUCUUCUUGUCCGGCCCAGCAGGCUACCUGCCCCAGCCAAGAAGUGAUGAGCAGAGAAGAAGCCGCAGUUCCCCCCAGUGUUCUCCCUCCUGUGGACGCUGCACCUCCCCCUGAAAGCUUUAACACCAACACACACCUCCUGUCUGCUGAACCCACCCAGAGACAACAACCUGCUGUCAAUAUGUCUGAACAAACACAAUGUGGAGCUCCCACAAGUAUUACUACCACUACAACUACUACUACUACUACUACUACUACUACUACGGCCACGACUGUCUGUUGUGUCUGCUCCUCUUCCUCCUCCCGACCAGUUGAAACCAGCUGUUUGACGUGCAGCGCCACCUGGUGUCCUCUGCUUCCUUCUCACCUGCUCUCCCUCUCCUCCUCUAACAAUGACUUCGUUACUCAGCUCUCCCAGUGUCUCAGUGCCACCUGGAGGGAGCAGAAAAAGAAAAAGCAGGAAGAGGAGGGAAAGGAGGAGAGGGAAGAGGAGAAGAGGUCUGAAUCCAGAGAGGUUCAGUUCCGUGUGGAGGGCACCGAGGUCGGCAGUCCCAGUCCGGGCUCCAGGGACGGAUACUUUGAGAUGGGACUGGAUGACACGGUGGAGGAGUCGGUCUGCUCCUCCUCUACGUCACUCGCUGCUCCUCCUGCAGAGGAGCUUGGUGGCCACCAAGGAGAACUGUCUGAGGAGGAGGAGGUGCACGUCAGCAGGGUGCUGUGGUGCUACUGCCUUCAGGUAGAAGAGAAGGUGGAGCAGAAGGAGAUGUGCCUGGUGCUGACAGACCACCUGUUGGGGCUGCUGUACCUGUCAGAUGAUUUCACACGGACCAAUCAGGACGCAGACCAGGAGCAGAGUCCGCCUGUGAGGGAGGUGCUGUCAGGCCUGCAGAUGGACCUCCUGCUGCCUUACUCUCAGCUCCUGCUGUCAUCCCGAGGCGAGCUCCCUGACUGCUGCCUCGCCUUCGGGCUCCAGUCUGGUCCAACCCGCUGGUACAUCUUCUCCGAGGCAGAGGAGCUCCGGCAGACCAGGGCUGAGCUGACGGCGCUGAUCCAGGCAGCAGAUUCUCAUACCGCCCCCAAGGCCUCAGACACUCCUCAGCUCCUCCCCCGUUCACUCAUCAACUCCUGGGAGCUGGAGGAGAGCCAGGGGGCCCAGGGAGGCUACCCUGCCCACCUCCUCCCCUCCUUCUCCUCCUCCUCCUCCUCCUCCUCCUCCUCCUCUUCCUCUGCCCCAGACCCCCACCCUCUCCUGUUAGACAUCUUAUCCCAGAAAGAAGAACCCCGCCUCCCUCCUCUCCUCUUCCUCACCCACCGACACCUCUGGGUGCUGAAGAUGGACUUCAGAGAGCUGGCUGAAAGAGAGAGGAGCAACGCUGACCUUCAUCUCACCUCCUCCUCCUGGUGCAGGCUGGUCCGCGUGCCCCUCGGCUCCGUGGUGCUUCACCCCAGGGAGAGAGCUCCUCAGGUCGGGGACAGAUCCAGUCACACCUCCUGCCCUGGAGCAAAUCACCACCACAGGAGGAGUCACGCUGUGGAGCUGCUGCUGGGAAAUCAGAGGCUGCUGCUGCUCUUCCCUCUGGCCCAGGACAGGAGCUGCUUUUUGGUGGAGCUGAGCCAACGGAGAGCGUCCCUGGAGGGGCUGAAGAUGUUGGUCCUGCCCAAACCCUGCAGGCCCUGUCCACACCAAGGAGAACAUACACAAGAGCGUUGCAGAUCCAGAGACCAGUGCUGUUGUACCAGUACCAGGAAAGCACACAACUCCAGCAGCUGGGACUCUUCCCGUCUCCAGCUGGAAGAGAACCAGCCGUCCCCCCACCUAAUCCCGGGUCUCUCCCCAGGACUGAAGCUCCUGGCUGGGUUCGGAGGAGAGCAGCUGUUGGCCUUCUUCCACAGAUACAUAGCGCUGUCUGAGGCGGAGGAGGUGAGACAGGUCUUGUGGCUGUCUGUGGUUCUCUACAAGUCUCCGGAGGCUGAGCUCACCUGCUGUCUGCUGCUCUCCACUGAUACAAUCUACUUCUUGCUGGAGGACUCCGCCUCCACACUCGGCCAUCACACAGUGUUGGAGAUAACAGACUCUGGAGAUCCAGACGUCUGUCAGUGCUACUGUCUCUCCAUCAGACUGUCUGAGCUGCUGUCCGUCAACGUGGGACUGUUCGACCAGUACUUCAGGGUCGUAGGCCGUUCGGCCGACCACAUCGUGUGCUGUCUCAGCAGGGACAGUUAUGGGACGGGCGUCUUUCUUCAGGAGCUGAUGUCAGCUCUCAGUCUGCAGCAGCAGCUUCCUCCUCCAGAGCCGUCAGAUCAGGACUUCUACUCCCAGUUCACCAACACAAACACAGGUAAGAUGCAGAACUACGAGCUGGUCCACAGCAGCAGGGUGAAGUUUAUUUAUCCCAGUGAGGAGGAGAUGGGAGACCUGACCUUCAUCGUGGCAGAGAGGAAGACUCCGGCCAGCGCAGCGUCUUCAUCAUCACGCUCCUUUAAUGUCCUGCUGUACCUGCUGGUUUUCCAGGUCCAGAUCCCGAGCCAAGGCUCUGCCCUCUCAGGCCCCUCCUCCUCCACCUCAGCCCCGUCUCCUGUGCUCCAGCCCAGGACCCUGAUCCUGACCAGCACCGAUGUGUUCCUACUGGACGAGGACUACAUCAGCUAUCCUCUGCCCGACUUUGCCAAAGAACCUCCCUCCAGGGAGCGGUACCAGCUGCGUGAAGCUCGGAGGAUCCGGGACCUGGACCGGGUCCUGUUGGGCUAUCAGACGUACCCUCAGGCUCUUACCCUGGUGUUCGAUGACCUGCCCGGCCCUGACCUGCUCUGUCACCUCACCAUGGACCACUUUGCCGCCGGAGGGGAGGAAGUCCUGCCCAGAGGCGGUGGAGCCAGCGGGGGCGCAGAGGGUGAGGUCCAGUGGUGUGUCUUCGUCCCGGGAGCCGACAGCAGAGAGAGGUUGAUCUCACUCCUCGCUCGCCAGUGGGAGGCGCUGUGCAGCCGGGAGCUUCCUGUGGAACUCACCGGCUGAUUGGUUGACAGGGAAUGACGGAGAGACGGGUGACUUUUCAGCCCCUCUUUGGUUGGUGGGAGCUGACUGGCGGGUGGAGUCAUCAUUUGACUGGGAUAAUUUACACAUGGAUUCAGAGCUGGAUUAGUUUAAAGGCUUCAGUAUGCUUCAAACGAAGGCUUCAGUCAGCACACGUGAUUAAAGUUCAGCCAGGUUCAGCUUUUAUUGAUGAAGUUUCUGUUCGGCAUCCUCACUUAAUAAGAUCUUCACUUCAAGCGUGAACUAGUUCAUAUGUCGACACAUGAAGUCGAGGUGUCUUUAGUCUCAGCAUCAUGAAUCAUUCAAACGGAGAUAAAGUCACUCUUUUUCAGACAGUGUCUCCACGAAGACAUUCAUAAUGACAGAAGUUACAACCUCACCUACUGUCCACACACCUGGACAGUCACUGCGUAACGUGGGUGCAAUAGUGAAUUGGUUAAAGUUAUAAAAAUGUGUCUUGAUGUGGUGGGAGGUAGUUUCAGAUGCUGUUGGACGAUCCAACAAGCACUUUGUUUGAAGCAUACUGACACUUUUAGGUUUACUUCUUAAAGCUCGGAGGGGACGUGGCUCUGCUCACACGCUCUUUGGUGAGCAGGACCCAGUGGACACCAGACUGCCAUUACAGACAGUCGGAGGGACCUGUGACCUCACAAGAAACUGAAAUAAUGGGAUUUCUUGGCACAACCUCACCUUGCAAAGUGUUGCAGAUUUACUUAUUCAUUGGUUGACUUGAUUGACAGACAGACAGACACACUGGUAUUGCACAGCAGGGGGCGCUGCAGACAGUCCACAGGAGUUUCUACUUGAUUUUAUUCAUCAUUACCUUAAAUGAACAGUUUGUCAUUUCUGGUAAAUCCUCUCGUUCUCUGUCUUGUGUGUGUUAAGCCUAGCUUAGCUCAGAGACUGGAAGCAGGAGAGAAAACUGCAAGCCUGGCUCCAUCACAAGUGUAAAAAAAAAUGUUUGAGUUAACAUUUUGUUAUUUAUGUAAAGUUGAUCUUAAAACCAAAACUCACUUUAACAUAUUUUCAUUUGUACAUGUUCUGUCUGAAUCCAGGUAACAAGAGGAUUUUCCAAAAUGUUGGACUGUUGUUUUAAGACACACACACACACACACACACACACACACACACACACACACACACACACACACACACACACACACACACACACACACACACACACACACACACACACACACUGCUGCUCAGCACAAUCUGCUUUCUGAACAUUUUAUUCCUUGCACAUUGUAAUUGAAGCAGUAUUACUGAACUGUAUACUAAAGCUUUUUAUUAAUAUUAUAUGAAUAUAAUUGUUGCUUUGGGACAGACAUGUUUUCCAUCCUGAAGAUGAUUUUGUACUAAACAUGAAGGACCUGAUGAUAUUUGCAACAUGAACUCUGAAAUGACAUAUUUAGUAUUAUCAUUGAGUAUUAUUUUUUAUAUUUUCUUUGUGUUUUGUUUGUCAUGUUCUUCGUACAUUACUGUUGACAAAUGGGAAGCCAGCCACUGUUGGACCUCCCCACUCUUCACCAGUGUUGUUUACGUUACAUGUUGUUGUCUUGUUAAAGGGGAACGCCACUGAAUUAAAGUAAAAAUGAAAUCUC